AAAGUCAGAACAAAAUACUACGACAGAAAUCAACAUAAAAUUCUAAUCUUAAAAAUAGAGCGUUGUACUUCAUUUAGCAAAUGGCCGAUGUGAUUGUCAGAUACAAAAACAUGACAUGCUGGGGGAAUGUCACUUGUUGAUAGUGUCAAAGAUGGGCUUGAAAUGAUAAUUUUAUUGAUUGUGUUUAUUUAAACAAGGAAGUAGAGUAACAGGAAAAUACAGUGCGUGUCAAUUUACAUUAAGGAGUGGGCUUAAAUAUUUUAGAGAGAUCAGAGUGUUUUUCAAAUGAGCUGAAAGCCAAGAAGGAUGUAUUCAAGAUUUAAAGCAGAUGCUUUACAAGAGAGCAAUACGGAGUCCCCAAAGCCGGCUUCUCAAGUGACGUGCAAAGUUGUUAAACAGUUUCUGGAUGGACUGAAGAAAAAGGAAGAACCGAACAAGGCCGCACAAUGUCUCGGACAGACAACCAAAGAUGACGUCAUGCGUUGGGUUGAUGAAAAUGACCUUGACCUCAUGCAUCACGUGAUUAUUCUAAACAACCCCGAAGCAACAGAAUAUUUACUGUCUCAUGGUUAUUUUCAGGCCCCGUUUGAACCGAGGACAAAUCUUUACGCCCAUCUUGCGUGCUACCUGGGACACAGAACAUGCCUGAAUAUAAUUCUCCAGUACCGUAAAGAUGAUAACAGGCCCAGCAAGAAAAUCACCUAUAAUCAAAAUGGAAACGGCGUCACAGAGAGACGGAGAGAGAUUACGCCCAUCGACGUAGCAGCAGAAGCUGGCCAUCUUCCAUGUGUUAAACAAAUUUUGACUCAGUGUGUCAUUAAGGACCAUGCAGAUUUUGCAGAGUAUCCUUACGUAGCCCUUGCAUGUAUACCGCAGUCAGUUCCAUCUCUGCAACUUAUUCUUAAAAAGGACAAACCUAAAGCAGACGAUAUCAAAAAGGCGAUAGAAGUAUCUUUAAUGAAAGCCAGUGCUCAGUGCCUUGAUCUUUUAUUGCAACAGAAAGUCAAAACAGACGAUAUGUUUGGAAAGAGAAACUUUUUUCACAUGUUGUAUACAUUUAGUCAGACGACACAAUUUGGCACAGAGGGUUACAGACGACUACCGGAUGUGACCCAAGUUCUCGUGAAGCACAAAUACAACGUAAAAGCUGUAAGUCCUCCAAACACUUACCCAGUGUAUAGCUUGAUAAAGAAUGCCGUCUGCGUACAUGACUACGUCAACACGAGGCAUUACGUCAUGUGUCUAAGAAUACUUAUUGAGGCAGGCGCAGAUCCAAAUUUCGACGAGACGGAGCAAGAAAGAAAACUGAAUGCCCGAGGCAUCAAAACUGAACAUGGUCGGAUGUCGUACAGCUCUGCAAUGCACUGUCUGCUCGAGACGGUAGAAAUCUUUUCUGAUUACCUAGAAUCCAAAGCGUUAGGUGUGAGAUUCGUCGUUCAAAUGGCAGAAGUUCUUAUUCAAAACAAGGCACGAAUAAACUCAGUCGGAAGAAUUGGUGAUAAAAAUAGUAACAGAUUCGGAACAGUACUCCAUCAGUUCGCUAAAUGUUCAGUUAAACUCGGGGUUGAUACUGACAUAUUUAAAUAUCUUCUGCGACAAGGAGCUGACCCGAACGCCAAAGAUUCAAACGGGAAAUACGUCAUCAACACAUUCUUAGAUAUUCUGUUCUCAGAGCUCAAAGAACUAAGUUCUCAUUCAACACCGCCAGAUCAUACUGAAAACGUAAACACAAUGUUAGGCUUGUCACUUUUUAUGACUCGUCAGUGUGUAAAAGACACUUUGGACAUACUCAACAAAGAGUUUACCAAACCACCAUAUCAUAUGAAGAAAUAUGUUCAGAUAGCACAAAGGCAAUUAGCGGAGAGAGCAAAAGAAGUUUGGCCUUUGAAGCGUUUGUGUCGAGUUUUGAUAUGGGAUCUGUGUAAAAGAGACGCUUCCGUUGUAACCAAGCUCCCGACAGACAUCGAAUCGAGAACAUACAUAUUGCCAAGUAUAUGAGACCCAUUUACUAGACAUGCAGCAGAAAACGGCUUAUUGUGUACCUAUGGCCUUGUCAAAUUUCAUCAUAUUACAUUUGCCAAAAGUUGUAAUGGCUGAAAAUCAAACAGAUACCAAUGUUCAAAAAUACCCAAAUAUUGUAUCAAAAUGUUUUCAUGUCUUUCUUUACAUAUUAUAUUUCUAUUUAUAAAUUAUUAAAUCAUUAGUGAAAUCCUUA